AUGCGACAGCACCAAUCCCGAGUCGCGCUCAAGACACGAUACAGCACUGAAAUGGUUGCGCCUGGAAUUACUGGUCGCACACGGCCUACCAAGGUCAAGAAGCGUGAAAACCUGCAAAAGAGGAAGCGUGACGAUGUCGAUGUCGAAAAGCUGGAACAAGCCGUCCAGGCACUGGAUACCAAACAUGGCUCCUACAAAGACUUCACCGACCUACCGCUAUCUGAUCCGACCAAGCAAGGCCUCAAGUCGUCGCAUUUCGCCGUCAUGACCGACGUCCAGGCAAAAUCCAUACCGCUAGCUCUCCAAGGGCACGACAUUCUCGGUGCAGCCAAGACUGGAAGUGGAAAGACUCUCUCUUUCAUCAUACCUGUGCUGGAAAACCUGUAUCGGCUACAGCAUAUCGGGCCAGACGCCGGCUUGGGCGCGCUGAUUCUGUCCCCAACACGAGAACUCGCAAUUCAAAUCUUCGACGUACUACGUAAGAUUGGACGGCAUGGGCAUAUGUUUGCGGCUGGGUUGUUGAUAGGCGGCAAGAGUUUGAAAGACGAGAGAGAGGCUUUGACAAAGAUGAAUAUUCUGGUAGCAACACCGGGCAGGAUGCUGCAGCAUCUGUCGCAAACAGCAGCCUUUAGUGUCGAUGACCUGAAAAUCCUGGUGCUGGACGAGGCAGAUCGCAUUCUAGACAUGGGCUUCCAACGGGAUGUGGACGCCAUCGUUGAAUAUCUUCCCAAAGAGAGGCAGACGUUGCUCUUCUCGGCCACACAAUCCAAGAAGGUCUCCGAUCUCGCACGAUUGAGCCUCCAAGAGCCCGAAUAUGUAUCAGUACACGCCGAAGAUAAAAGUGCAACGCCCAAAGGUCUCACUCAGAACUACAUCAUCUGCCCGCUGGAAGAGAAGCUGGACACAUUGUGGAGUUUUAUACAGGCGAGCAAGAAGUCCAAGAUUCUCUGCUUCUUUUCGUCUGCUAAAACGGUCCGAUUCGUCUACGAAUCCUUCCGUCACAUGCAGCCCGGUAUACCACUACUGCACAUCCACGGUCGCCAGAAACAAGGCGCUCGACUCGACACCACGGCCAAGUUUUCGGCAGCCAAGCACUCGUGUCUUUUGGCAACGGAUGUUUCAGCUCGAAAUCUAGAUUUUGCCGCGGCAGACUUUAUGAUACAAGUCGCCGACCCGGAUGAUCGGAUACCAAUGAUUCCGGCCCUGAAGUAUCUUGGACAGAAGGCGUUCAUGACACACGUCAAGUCGAUCUAUUUGCAAAAGGAUAAAGAAGUCUUCAAACUGAAAGAGUACAAUCUAGAAGCCUACGCUGCUAGCUUAGGUCUUCCGGGAACACCUAGAAUCAAGUUCUUGAAAGACGACAACAGCAAGCAGAGGAAACAAGCAUCACGACAAACUAUCGAGGUUUCAGACUCGUCAGAUGACGAAGAGAUUCCCAAGGCAGAUAAACCUGUGCGAACCAAGUACGAUCGCAUGUUCGAGCGGAAGAAUCAGGAUGUUCUGGCAGAGCACUACCAGAAGCUUGUCAGGAGUGGAGAUGAAGGGGCUCCGACGGACGACUUCAGCGGCUCUGGGGCGAACAAUGCAGCCGAUGACGACUUCAUGGCCGUCAAGCGAAGAAUACCGGCUGACGAUGAAGAUGAGGACCUCGGUGAUGGCCAAGGCCUACAAGUUCCCCCAGGAGGUCGUAUUGUCCAUAUUGCGGGAGCCUCCCAACCGUUGGUCAUUGACAGCAAUCGGCGCGAGAAACUGCUACAAUCCAAGAAGAAGCUUACAAAACUCAUGGACAAGGGCAAAAAGCUUAUCUACGACGACGAAGGAAAUCCUCACGAGGUUUACAAACUUGAAGACGAAGAGCAAUUCCGUGCCAAGGGUCUGCCCGAAGACCAGCGACAGAAGUUCAUUGAAGCAGCACGAGAGGUUGUGGAGACUGCUGAUGUCGAAGAUAAAGCAACAGCAAGAGCCAAGAGGAAGGAGAAACUGCGCAAGCGCAAAGAAAGGGAGAGGAAUGAAUUGGCAGGAGGCGAUGGUAACGAUGCUGGUGUGGAACUGUCAGACCCUGGCGAGGAUCUCCUGGCAAACUUUAGGGCGGAUGCGGAAUAUAGUGAUGAUGAUGGUGAGGAUGAGGAUGUGGAGGGAGAACAAGAAGAGAAGCCCAAGAAAGCCAAAAAGUGGUUCGAGUCUGAUUCAGAGGAUGAGGAGAAGACGAAAAAGAGGAAGAAGGCAAAGGCCACACACAGGGUGGAGGAGCCGGAGACGCUAGAGGACAUGGAGGCUCUUGCUGCUGGUUUGCUGGGCUAA